UCCUAUAGUUAUAAAUACCCAAUCAUCGUCCUUCUCACAUCGUAUUUAUUGGGAAGAAGAGGAAUUUAGUGAAUAAACAAUGAAGUACCACAAAUUUUUAUGUCUUUUGUUCAUUAUUCACCUCCCCAUUCUCACCUUCUGCUCAGAACGCCAGGUUUACAUAGUGAAUCUCGGAGAGCACGAUGGUGGCAAAACGAAGCAAGAAAUAGAAUACCACCAUCUCUCUCACCUAUCAUCAAUCAAAACCGUUGAUGUCGAAGAAGCAAGAUCUUCUCUUCUUUACAGCUACAAGAACAGCUUCAAUGGCUACGCCGCUGUUCUUACUCCUGAUGAGGCCUCCAGGCUAUCUGAGCUCGACGAAGUGGUAUCGGUGAUUCGGAGCGACCCAAGGAAGUACUCUAUGCACACCACGAGGUCAUGGGAAUUCUUGGGUUUGGAAGGAGUGAAAGGAUCAUGGAACCCUCAUAAGAUGGAAGGAGGCCUCUUGCAGAAGGCCAAACAUGGAAGGGGAGUCAUUGUUGGGGUUCUGGAUAGUGGUGUGUGGCCAGAAUCGAAGAGCUUUAGGGAUAAAGGAAUGAGGCCCAUUCCAAAAUCAUGGAGAGGAAUCUGCCAAACUGGACAAGAGUUUGAUGCGUCCCAUUGCAACAGGAAGCUUAUCGGAGCUAGAUUCUAUGUCAAGGGCUACGAGAACUAUUAUGGUCCUCUUGACACCACACUGGACUAUCGAUCGCCGCGCGAUAAAGAUGGCCAUGGGACUCACACAGCUUCCACCGUUGGAGGCCGACGGGUGGCUAACAUCUCCGCCCUUGGCGGCUUCGCCCACGGCACUGCAUCCGGUGGCGCACCGCUCAUCCACCUGGCCAUCUACAAAGCGUGUUGGGCGAUCCCUAACGUAUCCAAAGUCGAUGGUAACACGUGCUUUGAGGAGGACAUGUUGGCUGCCAUGGACGACGCCAUUGGCGAUGGCGUCGACGUAAUGAGCAUCUCCAUCGGCACCCGUCAGCCCAUGCCAUACAACCAGGACGGCAUAGCCCUAGGGGCAUUUCAUGCGGCCAAAAACAACAUUGUUGUGGUGUGCGCCGCAGGGAACAACGGGCCUGCUCCGGGGACCCUAUCGAACCCGGCUCCAUGGAUCAUCACCGUCAGUGCCAGCACCGUCGAUCGAACUUUUGUCGCACCGGUAGAGCUUGGAAACGGGAUGUCAAUCGAGGGACAAACAGUCACUCCAUAUCACUCCAACAAUAUGUAUCCACUAAUUUAUGCUGGAGAUGCAGUAGCCCCAAACGUAUCCAAGGAGGACUCAGGUCAAUGCCUUCCAAAUUCCCUCAAUCCAAAGAAGGUGAGGGGGAAGAUAGUGCUGUGCAUUAGAGGGAACGGGACGAGAGUCGGCAAAGGCAUGGAAGUGAGGAGAGCUGGCGGUGCUGGAUUCAUAUUGGGUAACAGCCCAGCCAACGGAGCCGACCUGACAUGCGACGCCCACGUUCUUCCAGCGACCGCCGUGACUCAUUACGACGCCACUCGGAUUUAUGACUACAUCCGAUCUACCAAGAGUCCGACGGCGAGAAUAGUACCGGCAAGAACCGUCCUGUACACUAAGCCUGCUCCCGUCAUGGCUGCAUUCACGAGUCGAGGUCCGAAUGUCAUCGACCCCGAUAUUCUCAAGCCUGACAUCUCAGCCCCGGGAGUGAAUAUAUUGGCAGCGUGGAGUGAGGCAGUUUCGCCAACGAAGUUGGAAAGCGAUCCUCGAAUCGUAAAGUACAACUUCGACUCGGGGACUUCGAUGGCGUGCCCUCAUGUGGCCGCCAGCGCUCUCCUAAAAGCCAUUCAUCCAAAAUGGAGCAGUGCAGCUAUCAGAUCUGCCCUUAUGACUACAGCUUUUCAAUUGGACAACAGGGGCAAGCCCAUAACUGAUGCAGCAGGCACUCUCGCCACUUCCUUCGCAUUGGGAGCCGGCCACCUGAUGCCGCAGAAAGUGGCCGACCCCGGCCUUGUGUACGACGCAUCGUACUCAGACUACGCUGCAUAUCUUUGUAGCUUCGGGAUCAAGGACCCAAAAGAGCGGAUCGUCUCGAGCAACCUAAAUUAUCCGACUCUCCAAAUCAGUAGACUCAACGGGACGAUCACAGUGAAGAGAACCGUCACAAAUGUAGGCGGAAAACACAACAGUUGUUAUUUCUCACAUGUCAAACCACCGACAGGGUUCUUGGUGACAAUUCAACCGAGUUUGCUGGUGUUCGAUCGCAUCGGCCAAAGAGGCUUCACCAUUACCGUCAAAGCGAGAAAUAGCAUGGUGAAGAGGAUUCUUGGAGAUGACUAUGCCUUUGGAUGGUACGGAUGGAAUGAUGGUAUUCACAACGUGAAUAGUCCCAUGGCAAUAUCUUUGGCAUAGGCUUUGCCCAAUUUCUUUUUUUAAUGCUUGCAAUUGAUCUCUCAUUUUAUCUAAUGGAGAAAUUAGAAAUGUAGAGAUAAGAAAAACUAGGAAAGCAUUCCACAAUUCGAGUGGUUUGGAGAAAAUUAUCUGCCUUGAAUAAAGAAAGAUUAACUUGUCCCUUUUGGCA